AUGCUGCUCGCGAACUACCUCAUCCCCCUCCUUCCUCUCACCUCGGCGCUCUCGCUGCACGGUCUCGCUCGUCGGACACACCAGGCGCUCGCCCUCCGGCUAUCGUCGCCCGAGGCGACACCUGCUUCCGAGAAGCGAUCGCACCUCGUCAGCCCCAAGGGCGGCAAGGCUAAGCGGCUAGUCCGCAAGACGGUCAAGAAGCGCGCAUGCAAGGCGCCCACGGUGCCGGCUGCGAACACCACAAUCGGCGGAGGCUUCAAUGCCAACCCCAUCCCUGCUUCGUCUACCACCGCCAGUCCCGUUCCGACCUCAUCUCCCAGCCCUUCACCGAAGCCGGCGUCAAACUCGGGCUGGCGCAUGACCGAUAACUGGUCCGGCAACACCUUCUUUGACAACUGGGACUUCUGGUCCUACGAUGAUCCCACCCACGGUACGGUUGACUACCAGGACCGAGGGCAAUCUUGGGACCAGGGACUCGUUUCGACCAACUCGAAGGGUAACGCCGUGAUGAAGGUCGACACCACUCAGCACAUCGGCGGUCGAGGACGGAAAGCUGUCCGUCUGCACGGCAAGAAGGUAUUCACCGGUGGUCUCGUGCUCAUGGACGCAUGGCACAUGCCUACCGGGUGUGGUACUUGGCCCGCCUGGUGGAUGAACGGCCCGAACUGGCCGUACGGUGGUGAGAUCGAUAUCCUCGAGGGCGUCAACGAGUUCUCGCAGAACCAGGUAUCCGUCCACACUGGCUCCGGAUGUCGUAUCCCCUGGAACACCAACGAGCUCCAAACUGGUGUGCUCACCACCGGCGGUUUCGACUCGUACAACUGCGCCUCGUACGAGACUGCCAACCAGGGAUGCGGAACCCGCGACCUCAAGUCGGGUCAGUCUUACGGCAAGCCCUUCAACGACAUUGGUGGUGGUGUCUACGCUUUGCUCUGGGCCAAGAACGGCGUCCGCGUCUGGUGGUUCCCCCGUUACGCUAUCCCCGCCGACAUCUCCGCUGAGCAACCCAACCCUGACUCCUGGGGUCUCCCCGUCGGAACCUUCGUUUCGGAUCUCUGCGACCCGUACAAGUUCUUCCACGACAAUUUCAACAUCUUCACCAACACCUUCUGCGGUGAUUGGGCCGGAGCCGACGGUAUCUGGAACUACGGUGGUUUCGCUGGCCAGGACAAGUCUUGUGCCGCGAUCACCGGGUACUCCAAGUGCGACGACUACGUGAGGAACGAGGGCUCGAAGUUCAACGAUGCGUUCUGGGAGGUGUCGUAUGUCAAGUACUUCACCCACCCAACCCUCGUCUAG